AUGCGCACAACGUUUACCGCACGACGCCCACCAAAAAAGGCGUUGCUGCUCUCGGCUUGGUUGGCUUUGGCUUGGUGCACUCUGUUCACUACAGUUUGUGCUGCCGAGUACGACGAGUAUGAGACAACGAUCGAGUAUCGAGAGCGAAUUCGAAGGCACUACACAUCACCACGAUACACGAGAGAAAUCGAAGAGGCGCCUACUGAAGUUAUCGACUUUCAUCAAAGAUUACGAACACCAAAAAGCGUGCUUGAUCCGGAGAGACCAAUAGAUGUACCACCAAAAUUGGUGACUGAGGAUCAUCCAAUCUACAUGGUGAUUCCAUUGCCGAGCACUGAUGAUAUAUCUGCUGGGAGAAAUCCUUUCCGACUCAGCAUUCCACUCGUUGAGCCAAUAGUCGAUCUUGCUGUUGAGUCUGUCUAUAAACAGCAGCUUGUCCAACGGAACUCUAUUCGAGUCAUUUACAAAGAUUCUCAAAUGUCGGAUGCUCAUGGACCGAAUGUGGCUAUCGAUAUGCUCGUGCAGAACAAAUUGGACGUGAUCAUCGGCUACGCUUAUGUAUAUGCUUUGGCGCCAGUUGCUCGAAUGGCACCAUUCUGGCGGGACAUUGAUUCGAAUGGGAUCCCGGAGUAUUCGAUGAUGACAAGGAUCAAUUCACCUUAUAAAAACUUUCGUCAAAGCGUCGAGAAGCUUUGGGAUGCGUACAAUUGGACGACUACCGUUUUCAUCUAUCACGAUCGAAGAUUUGGCUCCGGAUCUCUCGCAACCGGUUGG